AUGAUAUAUGAAGCUGGCAGUGGAACUGGUAAAAUCAGGAAAAGGAUAAUGCCAGUAAGAAACUUAAAACCAAAUUCAAAAAUAAGUUACGUUGCAAAGGAGUUGAUACUGCGUCAUGACAUUUUGGAAAAAAUUUGUCAUAUCAAGCUUGAAAAGAUGCUGAGGUUGUUGCAAGAAUACAUAAAAUGCAACGACCUGCACGAAUCAUUGGUAAUUGUGAGAAAAGAAUACGAUAUUAAUCCAGACGAAGAUUUCAAUGCGUUGGAAAGGGAUGAACUUAUCCGAAAGAAAGAAAUAAUGGACGAGAUAUUUAAUAAACACCGUAUUUCACCAGGUGAUCCUGGAUUCAUUUAUGAUAAGAGAGUAGAUUUUGAAAAAGGAACUACUAAAGUGAAAUCUGAGUGGGACAGUGACGGUGGUAGUGAUGAUGCUGAUGGCUUCUGGAAUUAA